CCCUCUGUCUCUCUACGUGCAGGCCAUCUAUCUGAUGCUGUCUGGUCCAAACAAGGUGGAGGCCAAGAAGAGGAGGAUGUGGAGGUACCGUCUGCCUGGCUUUGAGUUGAGGCUCCUGGAGGAACUACAGAGACAGAAACACAACAGUCUCUACUGUGAUACCCUGUUACAGACUGAUGGAUUGUCAGUCCCGGCCCACAGCUGCAUCCUGGCUGCCCUGAGCCCCUACCUGUCCAAUGCCCUGUCCAACCAGUCAUCCCCCCUCCCGGCUGGGCAGAGAUGGCCACUCAAGCUCCAGGCUGUGAAGGCCCAGACCCUGCUGAAGCUGGUGGAUCUCCUGUACUCCGGAGAGCUGGAGGGAGAGGGCACCAUGGAACAAGAAGAGGUUAUGGCCGCUGCCUGUAAGCUGGGCAUAGGCCGCUUGGUGGAGGGGUGGAAGGACCGGGGGAGGGAGGGAGAGGGGGAGGAGGAGAGGAGGUGCAGUCUCAGAGAUGUGGGGGUGCAGACGGAGGGAGGAGAGACACAGGUGGGGGCAUUGGUGGAGAUGGGGACACAGACUGUGGACUGUAAUGGAGGUAUUUACAUGACUUUCCUCAGUCCUCUCCCUGAUGCUCUCCCUACACCCCUCCUACUAGUCCAGAGCAGCAGUGAAGGCCAGCAGCACACAACUCACACGGCACUCCCUUUCCUGAGUCCCCAGAUUAUGACCCCCACUUCACACCCCAGUUCCACCCCACCCAGCGUCAAAGCACCGGUCAACUGUGGAACAGCUCCCUUUAGAACCCACCCUCGGACCUCCGAACCGGAGGUCACAAACCUCUCAUCGUCCUCUGUUGUCCUGAGCGGUGACAUGGUCACCCAGAGUGACGAUUCGGACCACCCCACGACACCCCGGGAGGAGAGUGCCGUCCCAGAAUGCUCUGUGGCGGAGAGGAGGAUGGAGAAGAAGAGGGAGCAGCAGCUGACAUCACACACUGGGAGAGCAGAGGAAGGAGGAACAGGGGAGUGUCUGGAGAGGAGAGGUGUGGUUGGGAGGAAGUGGCUGAGCGGACAGAGGCUGGAGAACACUCAGAUCUCCAUCAAGGUCAAGCUGAGGAGGAGGACCAGGGGACAGCUGUGGGAGCUGGUCAGUGGGCAGGAGACGGACGGAACCAUCUCACCUGGUCAGGGGCAGGAGACAGACGGAACCAUCUCACCUGGUCAGGGGCAGGAGACAGACGGAACCAUCUCACCUGGUCAGGGGCAGGAGAGGGACGGAACCAUCUCACCUGGUCGGAGGCAGGAGAGGGACGGAGGCACCAUCUCACCUGGUCAGGAGGCAGCAGAGGGACGGAACCAUCUCACCUGGUCGGAGGCAGCAGAGGGACGGAACCAUCUCACCUGGUCAGAGGCAGCAGAGGGACGGAACCAUCUCACCUGGUCAGAGGCAGCAGAGGGACGGAACCAUCUCACCUGGUCGGAGGCAGUUGGUCCCCGCUGCUCUGAAGAAGGAAACGCAUGAUCGCAUGAGGACAAGACAACUACCACGCCAGCCUCUCCCCCCGCUCCAGUCCCCAGCCCUCCCCCGGUGCUCUCCCCUCGACACAACUUUCCUCACCCCUCCACCCCGAUCCCGCUCCCCCCCCCCCAAA